AAAACGUUCCUACCAUGUUGCCUAAAUUAAUCAUGCGUAAAAAUACAAGGUUUCUGAGGUCUAUGACUAUAUAUGGUCUAUGAUAGCACUGCAGCAAGGCAAAAAGCAGAGCACAAAGCACAACACAAACAACUCAUCUCAAAACAUUGUGCUCAAAACUAAAUACAAGGUUGUCAGUUCGAUUGAUUUGAUUUACGGAUACGGAAUAAAUUCAACAAAUUAAUUAUCUGAGGAACAAGGGUAAUGUAAAAAGGAAAUAUCCUCCAUAAUUAUCGUAGUGACCAAAUGCGCUUGCGUAAUUUAACUUUCCUUUGUUGUUCUCUUUCGUUUCUGUUUUCAUUUCUCAUUCGAGGUCAAAUUUACCAGCUGUUUGUAGACAGUUUCAGCUGAUGUUUGUUUUUGGGUGGUAUAUUCGAUGUGACAUACAUUUUAUCUACUGUGCUAUAUUAAACAUUUCGCUAAAACCGUGAAUAAAAUAGGAUGCCUCUUAAAUAAAAGCGUAUGAUUCUGUAGUAUUUACCCCAAUUAAAAAAUCGCUAAUGACGUAAUAAGUAAAUGUAUUCGUGAAGACAAAGAAAGAGCUCGAUAUUUUUUGUCCAAAGAUAAUCAAAUCUGGAAAGCAAGAAGGUGAAGCGAAUUUCAAAAAUAAGUCUGGAUAGUGACUCAUCGGGGGACGACGGUGGACAACCGCCGCGUAAAAAAACCCGAAGGACUACAACAGCUAAAAACGAAAAGAUGCAAUCCAGCAACGGAUUGGUGCAGGUGCAACAAAAUGGGGCACCGUCUUGCAGUAACGGUGCCGCCGAAAAUGGACACGGCGAUACUGCGGAGAAUAAUGGAUUUUUCCUUAAUCAAACCAACCAAGAAAUUGUAAGACUGAUUGGACAGUACCUUAAAAAUGAAGGAUUGACUAAAACAUGCGAGUCUUUAAUGAGCGAAUCUGGUUGUCGUUUGGAUCAUCCCGCAGCCGCUAAAUUCCGUCAACACGUAAUCGACGGCGAUUGGUCGAAGGCCGAUCAUGAUUUGCAGGAGAUACGUCCUCUUUUGGGUCAAGAUACGAACAUCAUGGAGAUGAGAUUCUUGAUACUAGAACAAAAAUAUCUGGAAUAUUUAGAAGAUGGACGCGUUCUUGAUGCGCUGCACGUGUUAAGGAACGAGUUGACUCCUUUACAGCACAACACAGCGAGAGUUCAUCAACUGUCCAGUUUUAUGAUGUGCUCUAAUACGGAAGAGUUGCUUGAACGUACAAACUGGACGGGAAAGGGCACGCAAUCUCGAGUGACUUUAAUGAACAAACUGCAAAGUUACUUACCACCGUCGAUCAUGUUACCGCCUAGUAGACUUCACGAAUUAUUGAAUCAAGCUUUAGAACUCCAAGCGCUUCGAUGCAGCCUUCAUAAUACGUCACACGGGGUUUCGCUGCCAGAAGCCUCGUUACUCGUCGACCACAGCUGCCCUAAAGCCUCUUUUCCUAUUCAUACUAUACAGGUACUAAACGAUCAUUGCGACGAAGUAUGGUUUUGUACCUUCUCGCCGGACGGUACCAAAUUAGCGACGGGUUCGAAGGACCAAAAUGUCAUUAUCUGGGACGUCGAUCCGGAAACGUGUACUCUGUCUCUCAAGAAAAUAUUGGAAGGGCACAACACCGAUUUUUUUUUAGGCGCCGCUUACAUAUCAUGGAAUCCGGAUUCGACGCAUCUGAUCGCUUGCGGUCCCGACGAGAGUCCGGAAGUUUGGUUGUGGAACAUAGAAACCGAAAAUUUCUUAAAAGUUACGCAGUCGCAAGAGGACGCUCUCGUCUGCUGCGCCUGGAACAAAGACGGCACCAAAUUUGUCGUUGGUGGCGUCAGAGGACAUUUCUACCAAUGCGACCUAAAAGGCAACGUUUUGGACUCCUGGGAAGGGGUCAGAGUCAACGGUUUGUGGUGCAGACAAGACGGUAAAACCGUUUUAGCUUCGGAUACUCAUCAUCGAAUUAGAGGCUACGUUUUCGAAGAGGUGGCCGACCAACAAAUGUAUUGCAGCAUCCAAGAAGACCAUCCGAUAAUGUCUUUCACGGUGGACAAGAAAGACAGAUUGGCUCUCUUAAACGUCGCGACGCAAGGCGUCCAUCUAUGGGACUUAAACGACAGAUGCCUAGUUAGAAAAUAUCAGGGAGUUACUCAGGGACAUUUUACAAUCCAUUCAACUUUCGGCGGAGUCAAUCAACAUUUCAUUGCCAGCGGUAGCGAAGAUAAUCAGGUGUACAUAUGGCACAUACGAAACGAACAACCCAUAGCGACGCUUCAAGGACACACUCGGACCGUCAAUUGUGUGUCCUGGAACCCCGUCUACCACCACAUGCUGGUAUCGGUCUCGGACGACUGCACGAUCCGAGUUUGGGGACCAAAGGACAAAACGCCUAAACCGACAGGUACUAGCUGAGAAUACAACUACGACGACGAUGACGAUAUUGAAUUCGCGGAUUAUUUCAUAUAUCCGAUUAAAUCCGUUAAGUUUUAAACGUUCAAUAAUUGCAGCGUCUUUUACAUCAACCGUACAUACCUUAAUAUCGCGUAGAGUGAGUUAAUUUUUAAACGAGCGAUACGCAACUAUCGUUUUAGUUGUAAAAAACUGUUUUUUCAAUUUUUAUAAAAUAUAACGUCAAGGCGCACACGAUUUUAAGUGUAUAUAUAUAUAUAUAUAUAUAUAUAUAUAUAUAUAUAUAUAUAUAUAUAUAUAUAUAUACUUUUUUGUUUUUCAGGGUUAAAUUUUAAACAUUUUUAAUAUGAUUGCGUUUCGUGAAUAGGCGUUUACAAUGAUUGAUAGAGAACAAAUUAUUUGAGGCUUAUUUCUUUUUUGUAAAGCUUGUACCAAUUAUCUCUUUGGCCCUCAUCACAUCUCUUUUAUACCUUAUGACAUCCUAUUAUUCCCCCACCGCAUUUUUUUUUUAUUCCUUCAUCGCUUCCUUUUGAUUUCCCAUCGCAAUGCUCCUUUUGCUUCCCCAUUUUCCCUCUACUUCUAAUUUCUGAUUGGCUUCAGUCGUAGAUGUCCUGUAAUCAAUUUGAAGGUUUUUUAUAUUUGUUCUUGAUGAAUAAUUUGAAUGCCGAAACGUUUGAAUAAAAAAAUACCAUUUGGUAUUAUUUCCGAAUACUGCAAUGUGUUACAUAAAAUAUUAUGUAAAAUAAAAUGUUUUUUUUUUAUAAUUAAACAUUUAAAAAUCAACCGGGUGCAGCAAAUGCCUAAUAAUAUAUAAAAUAAAAUUAAAAAAAGUCGCGAAAUUGGUAUAUUUAUAUAAUUUUUUUAUAGUUUGAUAUUUUUGGUAUUUUUAUUUCUUUUUUUUUUUUUUGUUGAAUAUAUAUCUUAAUUGUUUAAGUAAUAAAAUAUUAGGAAAACGUUUUUCUUUUAUCAUUUCCGUUUUAAAAUAAAUAUUAUUUAUAAUAUUAA